AUGCUCACAAGACGAACGACCCGCAAACACAUCUCGGAGACAACAACUACUGCCAAGGCGCAUUCAUACCGGCGCACUCUGUCAGUUCCCCAGCGUAAGGAAUUCAUCGCAGCUGUCCAGUGUAUGAUGAAGCAGCCUGCGUUGUCCGAUCCGAAGAGAGUUCCGAUGGCGAAAUCCCUCUAUGACGACUUCGUUGCCGUUCACUACAACAGUUUUAAGAACAUCCAAUUCACGGCUUCCUUCUUUACCUGGUACCGGUACUACCUCGCUAGCUUUGAACAGAGGUUGCGUACUCUGCCAUACUGGGAGUGGGGCCUUGACAUCAACAAUCCGGCUCUUUCGCCAGUUUUCGACGGAUCUGAGACGUCAUUGGGAAGCGAUGGCGAGUUCGUUCCCCACGAUGGCCUUCAACUGCGCCAGGCCUUCUCGAACAACCUAAUCACCCUCAAAUCCGGCUCCGGCGGCGGCUGCCUCACAUCAGGCCCGUUCAAGGACAUGCGGGUGCAUAUCGGGCCCGCCGCACUGGCCCAGUACGCCACAGAUAAACCCUUUAGCGUCCCGAACCCGCUCGAGGACCUUCCGCGGUGCCUCAAGCGCGACCUGAACAAGGACGUUGCUAGUCGCUUCAACUCCUUCCGGAGCACGACGCUGCUCAUCCUAGAGCAGACGACGAUCCAGAACUUCUCGUCCCUGCUCCAGGGCGACGACCGCUUCUUCCCCAACACGCUUGGCGUCCACGGCGGAGGUCACUUCAUCAUCGGGGGCGACCCCGGCGCAGACGUGUCCAUCUCGCCCGGCGACCCCGCGUUCUGGCUGCACCAGGCGCAGAUCGAUAGGCUGUACUGGAUAUGGCAGAACCUCGACUUCAAGAACCGGCAGGGGGUAUUCGGCACCCUGACGUCGCAGGACAACCCAAAAAGCCCAAAUGGCAGCGUCGAGGACUCCAUCGACCUGACGCCCAUCAGCUCGCCGGUCAGGAUCAAGAACUUGAUGAAUACGGCGUCCGGGGCACCCCUGUGCUACGUGUAUGAGUAG